AUGCGCUUCGACGCGAGCACGAAGGCCGAGCUGCACCUGCGGGUCGACAGUCUCUUGGACCAGCUCGUCGUGGUGCUCGACUCCAAGGGCGCCGAAGCAGUUGCGCUGCUCGAGACGCUCCUUCGCGACCAAUGGAAGGAAGAUGCAUUAAUGUCGAUUCAGCUCCUCGGCACGAUGCUCUUCCAGGCCGAAGUCGACGUCUUCCACGCCAGCGUCACCGUCAUCACCGAUGCGAUCGCCGGGUUCGAAGUCGGCUUUGUAAAGUCGACGGACGACGGCAAGAUUCCGCUUCUCCCACUCGGUAAAGACCCGGUCGAGGACGAGAAGGAAGCCGUCGUCGCCCCCACCAAGGCGUCGGCCAAGAAGAAGGUGGCCGUCGUCGAAGUCGAAGUCGUGCCGCUCACGCCGGCGCAAGAGGUCGCCGCUGCGUAUCAAAGAGCCAAGGACGCGCUUGCCACCGUUGCGUCCAAAGCGCUCAAGCUGCCGAACGUACCGGGCUCUGCGACGCCAAGUGGCGCUUCAGCAGCGCCGAUGACAACCGCCAACAAGAGGGAGAAGGAUGCCGGCACCGCGACACCGGUCGCCAAGAGGGACACGAUAGCGUCGUUGAAUGCAGUCGCCGGCGUCGGCUUCGAGUACGACUACGUACUGAGUCGGCUCGCCGCGCUGCAAGAGCGCGUGCUCGACACGAUGGGCUACGUCGACCUCGUGCUGACGUCGCUCGAGGACGACCUCCGGAGCUUUGUCUCGUCCCGCCUCGCGUACGAGAAAGACGCGAUUGCGUCGCUUGUCAAGUGCAUCCGCGACGCGAUCGAGCACGACGAGAGCUUGCCGUACCGGCUCCUCCUCGAGCCGCGGUCGAUGGCGCACAUGCCGCCGCUGCACCAAGAUGGACGGGACGUCCAAGCACGCAUUGACAGCAGUGUCCGGGUGAUUGCGACGCCGAGCGUGCCGCUGUACCCGUCCAUCGAGCACUGGGACGACAUGUACUUGAACACACGCCAGCUCAACGGCGUCAUGGCCAUGCUGCGCGAGCUCGCCACGUCGACGCUUGGCCACACGAUCGACGUGGUCCCGCGGGCGACGUUCGAUGACGGGCUCGCGCGUCUCGCGGGGCGCCCGACGACGACGCUGCCACCGGCGUGGCGCAGCAGUCUCAGCAAGCUCGGCGCGUACUUUGAUACAAAGCAUUGCGGAGUCGUCAAGGCGUUCCCGGAUGUUGCCCGCGUGCUGCAGGCCAAGCACCGCGUCGACGAGAUGGUGCUGCAUUUGUAA